CCCCGGCCCCGCCGCUGCCCCGGCCCGGCGGCGGCGAUGGAGGCGGCGGCGGCCGCCCCCCCCCGCGGCCCGGGGCCGGCCUGAGCCGCGAUGCGAUGGAGAAGCUGGCGGCGGGGCUGGCCCGGCUCCGCUGGAGCCCCGCGGCGCUGCCCCUCGACGCCAUCGUCAGCCAGUGCCGGCUGCCCACCCUCGUCUGCCUGGGGCAGGGUGAGCGCGUGGAGGGGGUGAGCGCCCAGGACGUGCUGCUGGUCCACUCGUGCCGGCAGUGGACGACGGUGACGGCCCACAGCCUGGAGGAGGGACACUACGUCAUCGGCCCCAAAAUCGACAUCCCGCUCCAGUACCCAGGGAAGUUCAAGCUGCUGGACCAGGACCGGGACAUCCGCGAGCCCGUGCAGUACUUCAACAGCGUGGAGGAGGUGGCCAGCAUCUUCCCGGACCGCGUCUUCGUCAUGGAGGCCAUCACCUUCAGCGUGAAGGUGGUGUCGGGGGAGUUCAGCGAGGACAGCGAGGUGUACAACUUCACGCUGCACGCGGGGGACGAGCUGACGCUGAUGGGCCAAGCGGAGAUCCUCUGCGCCAAGACGGUGAAGGAGAAGUCGCGCUUCAACACCAUCCUGCGGAAGCUGGGCAAGGCGGCGCCGGCGGCGGGGGCCAGGCAGGUGAAGGGCAAGAUGCCGUGCCUGAUCUGCAUGAACCACCGCACCAACGAGAGCCUCAGCCUGCCCUUCCAGUGCAAGGGCCGCUUCAGCACCCGCAGCCCCCUCGAGCUGCGGCUGCAGGAGGGCGAGCACACCAUCCGCAGCAUCAUCGAGAAGGUGCGGCUGCCCGUCAACGUGGCCGUGCCCAGCCGCCCCGCGCGCAACCCCUACGACCUGCACGCCAUCCGCGAGGGUCACUGCUACAAGCUGGUCAGCAUCAUCUCCAAGACGGUGGUGCUCUGCUGCAUCCUCCGCCGGGACGAGCUGGUCCCCUUCCACUUCCUCCUGCUCACCGACAUGCCCCGCUUCCAGCUGCCCGAGGGGCUGCUCGCCGGGGACCCCCAGCUGGAGAAGCUGCUGCGGGACAGCGCCGCGUACUGCCACGACCGAUUCAACCCCGACGAGUACUCGCGGGCGGUGCGGGAGGCCAAGCCGGACUUCUCGGAGGAGUGCGCCAGCCCCCGGCGCCUGCGGCUCUGCCUGCCUGCCUGCGCCCGUGAGGAGCUCAGCCAGCCCCUCCAGCGCCUCUCCCUCUGCGCCUGCGGCACGGGGGCCCCCCGGGAGCCUGCCGCCCGCUGCCAGGGACCGCGGGGUGUCGGGGGAGGUACCCCGCGCCCGCCGCUACCCGAAUUCCCUGACCCCGACCGGGAAUACAUGACGCCCGACUGGGCCGAGCCCGAGUUCAGGACUCAGGAGCCGCUGGAGAUCCCCUACGAGGAGCUCUGGAGCAACCCCAGCCCGGAGGGCUGCUGCGAGCCCGGCAGCGGCGCCGGCCGGCAGGACCUCGUCUCCUUCGGGGCUGUCACCCCGCUGGGCUCCCCGCACCGCCCCGGCGUGCCUGGGGACGAGCCCCGUGGGGACACCCCACCCCCUGUGCCACCCAAGUCGGAGGCGGUGAAGGAGGAGUGCCGGCUGCUGAACGCGCCCCCCGUGCCGCCCCGGGGCAGCCGCCCCCCGGCGCCCUGCAGCCCCCCAGCACCCCUGCACUGCCCGAAGCUGACACCCGCUCCCUCGCCCAGCCCCAGCCUCUCCUACUACUCCUCGGGGCUCCACGAUGGGUCCGUCCCCCGGAGCGGCAGCGGCUCGCCCUCGCCCGACGCCUACUCCCUGUACUGCUACCCCUGCACCUGGGGUGACUGCAAAGCCGGGGAGGCCCCCGGGCGCCCGCUGCCCCCCACCGUGCUGCCCCCCGCCGCCCAGCCCACUCCCACCUCCUGGUCGGACCCCUGGGCCUAUGCCGAGGCGGGCGCCGGGGUGGGCAGUGGCUGCUCGACCCCGCUGCCGGGGGCUGAGCCCCCCCUGAAGCCCUACCGCAGCUGCCCCCGCCUCAAGCCCCCGCAUCCCCAAAAACGCUUUGCCCCCUUCGGGGCGCUCAACCCCUUUGCUGGCCCGGCCACCCCCUCCUCCUCUUCCUCGCCAGAGCCCUUCGCCCCCGUCGAGGAGCUGGCACCCCCUCCUCGCCCACCCAAGGGCUUCGAGGGGGACAGCAUCGUCAUCCGUGGGGCGGCCCCGCUCUCGCCCGCCGUCCUGCACGGGGCCGAGGGCGGCGUCACCCGCGUCUACCUGGCGCAGGGCGUCAUCGAGGUGCCGCCGGCGGCGCGGGGCGAUGGGGGGGCCCCGCCGGCCGCCCCCCGUCCCAGCAGGGACGGUUCGCCCUGGCUGCCCCCCGCCGACCUCUCGGCCCUCUCGCUGGAGGAGGUCUCCAAGUGCCUGCGCUUCAUCGGCCUCUCCGAGGACGUGGUCAGCUUCUUCGCCCGCGAGCGCAUCGACGGCAGCAUCUUCGUGCAGCUCAGCGAGGAGAUCCUGGCCGACGACUUCCGCCUCACCAAGCUCCAGGUGAAGAAGAUCAUGCAGUUCAUCAAGGGCUGGCGCCCCAAGAUCUAGCCGGGGACCCCCUGGACCAUGGGGGGUCCCCCAACCAUCUGCACCACAGACAUGGCUCUCCCUGCUCCCGUCCCCCGCUCCGGAGCACCCCGAGGUGGCAGUGCCUCUGCCCCACCGGCCGUGGGGUUUCCUCCUCCCUGGCAGCUCACCCCUAUUGCCCAGCCCUCCCUUCCUUUCCGUUUUAACACUGGACGGUAAUUUUGGCCCAAAGGGGCUGGAAAAUACUGGAGUUUGCGUUGACUGGUUUAACUUAAUCCUUGUGGAUUAGCGUAAUAAAUGUA